AAGUCUGCGCGGGAAGCCUCAACGGCCUUCAGUCUUUCGCUAGACAAACGUGGUGUGAAGUGGACCUGUGCCGCCGCGCUCUCGGUUCAUAAUUUGGAUAUAACCACACUCCAACCAACAAAUUCAUAUCACAAUGGCUGAUACCGCUGCCGAAGUUGUUGCUACACCCGAGGUUGUGAAGGACGUCCCUGAGGAGUCCGCCAAGACCACAAAGACAGCAGAAGAGAAGCCUGCAGAGGACGCUGCGGAGGCGAACGGCACGAAAGAGACUGCUUCUGAGAAAACCGAAGAAACUCCCAAAGAAUCCUCAGAUAAGGCGGAAGACUCUGCGGAAAAAACUGAAGAAAAAUCUUCAGAAGAAGCAGAGAAGCCAAAAGAUGAAGCCACUGCUGAGGAAGGUGAUAAGCCUGCCGAGACCAUGGAGACAGAGGCCACUGAAAAGAAGACUGAAGAGAAGGAGACCAAUGGUGCGGCUGAGGAGACCAAUGGUCAUGCUAAGGAUGAGGAGUCCAUGACCAACGGCCACAGCGAUGAGACCACCGAAGCUAAGGAAGAUGCAGAGAAGCGUUCUUCUGAAGAGGCUGAAAAGGAGGCUCCUGCUGCCAAGAAGGCCAAGGUACAGGAGAAUGAAUCUACGGAGGCUGUGGAAGAAACGGCUGCCUAGAAUUUCUCCUUAUUUUAUUCUCCAGCCUCAGUAGUCUUCAACAGGAAUUUUUUGGUUUACCCACUUCGGUUUCUUUCUGAUUUAUUUUAGAUUUCCGGAAAUAUUUUUUUCCCUCCCCAAGUCCCUGCCCUUCCCGUCUAUGUACCUGUCUUAGCCUGGUAAAGUGUAAGGAUGUGUGGAGUUGUGGAUGCACCAUGUACAAACACAGAUUGGUGCAGGCUUCUUGCAAGUGGUUGGCUGGAAUUGAUGUAGUAAUACUUGUGUAGUAAAUUUUCAUGAAUUUUUAGUGAAGUGUAAAUCAAUCAGAUGAAGUGAGGUUGUUUCAUGGAGCUGUUGUGCUGCCUGUAUAUUGCACGUGUUUAUACGUUGAGUGGAUGCUUGAGCCUUGCUGUAGCCUACAUUAAUAGUCUUCUGUGUUAGGGGCUAGUUUAGCACGAUUAGUGUCUGUAUCUUUUAUUUAUUGCCCAACAUGCGUGCGGGAGUGAAAGAUUACUCUUUCUGCAAUUCUAAGUGCUGUAGUUUUACUUUAUACAGAAGUCAACAUUCCGUUUUGCUAACAUGACUUUACUGAGGUUACCAUGUAACCUGGCUAGCUGAAGUGAAUGAACAUGAGUGGUAUGUAGCAUUAUUUUUCAAAUAAAUAACAAAUAUAA